AUGUCAGUACCUAUAUUAACUAUUCCUGAGUCAUCAUUUGACCCAGCAUCUUAUAAUAAUCUUAAAAACUCCAAAUCAAAAUCACAAAUCUUACUUUACAUUAUAAAAUUAACUCAAAGAUCAUCAAUAGGAUUAAUAUUAUUUUAUUUAAUUGGAUUAUUAAUUAUUAAACCAUUAAUGGAACUUAAUGUUACUAGAAGGAAAGAUUUUUUGGAUUAUAUAAGAGGGAAAUUACGAGAUUUUUAUCUUAAAUCAAUAACUAAAGUACAAUAUAUCCCUAUAGUUGCUAUUAAAAAUAAACAAAAUGGUAAAUUAUAUUCUGAUGCUAUUAUUCAAACUGAAAAUAAUCAAUUGUCAAACAACAACAAUAACAACAAUAACAACAAUAACAAUAACUCCAGUAAUGGUGAUAGAUUAGGUCAAAAUGAAUUAUAUAAAAAAUUGACAAAAUUAUCAAUUUUAUUGACUGAAGGAAUUCGAAGUUAUUCUACAUCAGAAUUAUCGAAUUAUAAAAGUAUAAAUUAUUCAAUUAAAGAUUUACAAAAUAAAUCUGAUUUAGUUUAUUUUAAUCAAAAUGAUUUAUUUGUAUUGGAUAAUAUUGUAACUGUGACUUCUGGUACUACAAUGAAAAAGAAAGAUCUUGCUGUUGAAACUAGAAAUGAAAUUAGAAGUAUUAAAGGAUUAUAUAUGAGUGGACAAGCAUAG